GAAAAAACGCAAGAUUAUAUUAUAAACAUUGAGACGUUUAAUAAAGCUUAUGAUUAAUUUAGUUUUCAUAGGAUUACAAUGUAAACUAGAUGUUUCAAAGUAUUUCACAAUACGCUUAGAGUAAAUUUGUACAAUAGAUAUGUAGAUAUCUAUCUAUGUAUUAUUUAUAUGCAUAGUUAGUACAUAAAGCAUAGGUAGAAAUUGUUGACUGUAAGUAGAAGUGAGAAAACAUGUAUAUGUAUUUACGCGUACAUGUAAAUGUCGGAAAAAUAGGAAAUAUUACUCCUGCCACAUGAACCUUUUGCGGGACGGUCGAAGAACCGUAUCGCAUUAUUCCAUGUCAAUUUGUAUCUCACAUUUUAUCGUACCGUUCUACCUCUACAUCAGAAUAUUCCGGAUAAAAGCUUCGUACUGAGCUUUUUCCACCGAUGAAAAUAAAUGCAACUAACGUUGCUGUACAAUUAUCUAUCUACGUGUAUGUUUAAAAAACAGACAUUUUCAUAUAUGUAUAUAACUAUACGAGAUAUAUAUCUACGAGAUUUAAAUUACUACCGUUUUCGCGAUCGUUGUUAUGAAAAAUGAGAAAGAGGAAAAAAUAUAUAUAUAAAAAAUUCAAUAUUUAAUAAUUGUUAUACAAAAAAAAAAAGAAAAGGAAUAUAUAUAUAUAUAUAUAUAUGAUUUUGAAAUUACCAUUAUUUUCAUAGUUGUAAAUACUAUAAAUGGAAAGAUAUAUACACUGGAUGGUUUCCAAAUAUGUGAGUAUAACUGAAAUAGUGGUUUUAACGCUCCAAAACGAGAACAAAAUUUAUAUAGUCAUAUUUUCGAUAUUUGUCGUACCGAAACCAUCCCUGAAAUUAUACCGUAAUACUUUGCAACAUCUUUUAUAAUAAAAUUAAAUGACAAAUAUUAUAUUUUUUUUCUUGAUUGCACCAUAGUAAAGAUACGAACUCGUACAUUAUUAGAUUCUCUUGAUAUUUGUUCCACACAUACAAAUGGGAUUGUAUUAAGCGUAUUUGCGAAGAAUAACGAAACCAUUUCUCCAAUUGGGUUUUAGGAGAGAGCAAAAGAACGUGGGUCGUCUCGUCUUAAAGAAGGUCAGAAGGAGAAGAAAAUAUGGGAAAGGGCGAUAAAAGGGGAAUAGCACAGCGCAGCGACGCGGGAACGAAUCUCGUGGGAAAAUUUACUCAAAGUGUACGAAGGAUCGUUCAAGAUGUCAAGGAUGAAGGAACAUCGAGUGGUCAAACGAAGGAAGAGGUCAUCGAAACGAACGAACGACUGAGGAUAGUCAGGAUACGUCUCGAAGGAAGUUAUGACACCGCUAAACGUGCUCUCGUCGAGCUUAUGUGCAAGUAUGCGAACAGUAAACAAGUCCGUAACGUGUUCCAACGGUACAACCUCCUCAAAGUUAUGAUCAAGGAUGUGAUCAAACUAGAGACGCAGUACUGGACUCUGGUGGAUAUACCAAGGCAAGAGAAACAAGAAACGGUGCUAGCCUUCGUUCUGCGUGCCUGUUCCAUCAUGGAAAAGACUCACAAGAGUGGAGAGGGUGUGAAAACCUCGGCACGAUUGGCGGAGGAAGCUGAGACGAAAAGGGAACGCAUUGAGAGACUCGAGGGCCUGACUACGGCAAUGAUCGAAACGGAGAAUACCCAUAUGACCAAUGAUCUGUACAGGCUGCUGAAAAAGUAUACAGGGCUAAGGAAUCUUAUUCGUGUUUUAAAGGAGGAAUACAACAAUUCGAAGAUAUAUCCGAUGUUUCCACGUUACACGAUUCUGAAAGAUAUGAUAAAAGACAUAAUGCACAAUCCAGACUACAUGGAGGUUUGUCACGAGUUGGAUCAAGCAUAGCGGCCGGACCCCCUUCACCGUUCGCCACGGAUGACCUUAUAAAUCAAAGGUCAUUUCGAGGCGCAUCGGUGUAGGGGGUGCACAGACCAUGGUAUCACCUUAUUCCUUAUUAAUCGAGAUAAUUGAUUAUAAUCUUGGCAUUUUCAUCCGCUCUUAACAUUAGAGAUUUACCAUUUCUUUUUUCUUACCAACAUUUUAUAUUUCUCUUAACACUAAAGAAUGAUAUAAUUAAUUAGAAAUAUAGUAGCUGUUUGUUGAUUUGAUUUAUUUUUUUAUUAAACACAUCGAGACGAUCGAACAUUAGCGAUUGGGACGAGUUUUUCAACAUUUUUCUAAUUCAAUGAAAAUAUAUCUAAACAUAUCGGUUUAGCAUAGUAGCAUAAAGAAGAAAAAAUUUGAAAAAAAGAAAGAGGAACGAUGGUCCCGAAUGCGUUGAUGAUACGUUCAUUUUAUAUAUUUUCUUUUCGUUAUUUUUCUUAUUUGUUUAUUAUCUAUCAAUUAUCAAGUAGAUGUCGGAGGUAAUAAUCUUUUUCAAAGAAAUAAGAACGUAUUAUAAACGUAGAUGAGAAGAAAUAACAUUGAUUAUUAAUAAAAGAAAAAAGGAACACCCUUUUAAAUUCUGAUAUCGAUCGGAAUAGCCGCUUGCACAUUGGAACACAAAAUGUAAGAGGACAAAAAUCCGCGCUUUUCUACUUCUAAAUGUUCGAUAGCGCGGCUUACCCAUACGUGAUUUUUAUUAAUCAAAGAAUAUGAUAAGAAGAAGAUGAAGAAGAAGAACAUCAAGAUAAUAACAAAAAAUAAAUUAAAAAAGAGAGAAAGAGAGAGAGAAAGAGAGAGAGAGAGAGAGAGAGAGAGAGAGAGAGAGAAAUGCUGUUACCGUCGCUUGUAAAAUCGAAUUAUAAUAAUUAGAUAGGCAGGAACACAUACACAAACACAGAAACAUUUUCCCUUCUCCUAUUUAUUCCCAAUCCUUGAAUUCAUUUCCACAAUUUCCAUAAUAUGCAUUUAUGUGUAUAUAUAAUAAUAAUAAUAGUAAUAAUAAUAAUAACAAUAGUAAUAAUAAUAAUAAUAAGCGCGCAUGUUCGUCCGUAAAACUGGACGCAAUUGCGAAAUUCUGAAAGACAUAAAUGUGAAAACAGGACUUCUCUCCUUCUUUGCUUCCUGCUCGAAUUCGAUUUUCGUGACAACCAGUUAACGUUAUCACGAUUAUCGUAUAAUCUUCGAGUUUUUAUAGAAAAAAAAUAAUAAAAUAAACAAAAAAAUAAAUAAAUAAAGAGACACAAGAAGAAGAAAAUUAAUGUAUUAGUCAAUUCCGCGGUGCAGAAAGAAAGAAAUCGUAUCUAUUCUAUACCUACACAACAGGACAAAUACUAGCGAAAGGAAAAUAUAAAAAAAGAUAAUGGAACAAACAUACCUGAACAUCCGUCAUCGUUUAAAAAAAUAUAAAUGCAUGGAUCAAUAAAUAAAAGAAAGGGAAAGCAAUAGCACAGUUCAUACAUUUUAUAGACAUAUCGGUACUACUAGUCAAACAAGUAAUAAUAAUACAAAUUAUUAUAACCCGCUAAAGAGAGAGAAAGAGAGAGAGAGAGAGAGAGAGAGAGAGAGAAAGAGAUAAAAUAAAACAAUACACACAUAUACAUACAUAUGCACACACAUAUGCUAGGUACGAAUUUAUAAUUGACGUAAAAGAGUGUCUCUAAACGUUGCUUUGAUUCGUAUAAUAUAAUAUAAUAUAAUAUAAUAAUUAAUAAUAAAACAUAUCUCGCGCGUGCGUAAUCGUCGUUAUAAAUUUGGCUAAAUAAAAGAGGCAUAUAUAUGUAUAUGUAACUUUCGUAUAUGUAUACAUAUGUCUGUCGAUGAUAUGGUGUUCGAUAAUGAUUGUUGUAAUAAAUGAUGUUUAGAUUGCUGCGUGACAGCCAAUAAGGAUAAUAUGCUGUUUCCCAUGAAAAAUGUGCCAUUUUUUCAAAGUGCUGUAUCUUAUUAUUAAAUACCUACGUAAUUAUCACAAUACAUGAUCGUAUACAUAUAUAAUACAUAUACAUGAUUAAGAAAGACAAAAAAAAAAGGGAUUAAAAUCUAUAAGAAUGCGUUUAAAAAUCGAUACGCAAUUUUUGGUUGUGUUUUUGAUUUUUUAAACAAUUCACUCAUAGGAUUCAUUAAAAUGCGCCGAGCUUAUUCGUCAUUUUAUAAAUGUUUAAUAAUCGUUUCGCGUCGACGUAACGUUUGAUGAGCGAGAGAGAUCGAGAUCAUAAGAGGAUACAUAGAUUUACAUAUGUAUAAUAUAAUUUAUAGAUAAGUGAGAUAAAGCACGCAUAAUCUCCUCGUAUUACCAUAUUUUCCUAUUACCGAAAAUCCUAUUACGUCAAUGCGUAAAAUCGUGUUUUCAAAUGAAACUAUUUCUACGAUUGUUUAAAUAAAAUAAAUCAAAUGAAUUUCAACAUUUCUCGAUCUCAAACGUAACGGGAUUAUGAAUCGUUUCGAUCGACAGCCUUCUUCGAUACAGAGUGUGGUGUCGCAGCACGUAUAUCGGUGUAAGAUUUAUAAUCGUAACAAAUCCUAAAAUAACAACCAAAAAAGAUAUAUAUAUAUAUAUAUAUAUAAAA